GAGGGCCGCGGGACCUCCGAGGCCGCUGGCCAAGGCGGGGUAUUGAGGGGGCUCAGAGCGGGAACGCAAGGCACUGGCCCGCGCUUAGAUCCCCUUGACCUGUGCUACUCCGCCAGCUGUCCAGACGCACCCUCCUCUAGCGUUUCUCAGCCUGGAGCACUCGGCUCUAGCCUCUGCCAGCCGGCGUCAGCCCCGUCCUUCCUCUUACAGCGGCCGCUCGGACGCCCGCUCUGGCCGAGCACUGUCGGGUCCGGCAACUUCUCCAGCGCCGCCCGACUUCGGUGAGCUGGAGGCGCGCAUGGCGGCGGUGGGGCCGCGGACGGGCCCAGGCGCCGGGGCCGAGGCGCUGGCGCUGGCAGCAGAGCUGCAAGGAGAGGCGACCUGCUCCAUCUGCUUGGAGCUCUUCCGCGAGCCAGUGUCCGUCGAGUGCGGCCACAGCUUCUGCCGCGCCUGCAUCGCGCGCUGCUGGGAGCGCCCGGGGACGAGGGCCACCGCCGUGUCCCACACGCUGUCCUUCUCGCUGCCCUGCCCGCAGUGUCGCGAGCCCGCGCGCCCCAGCCAGCUGCGGCCCAACCGGCAGCUGGCCGCGGUGGCCACACUGCUGCGGCGUUUCAGCCUGCCAGCCGGCGCGCCAGGAGAACACGGGCCUCCGGAGGUGGUGGCGGCCGGGUGCGCGCAGCACGGCGAACCGCUCAAGCUCUACUGCCAGGACGACGGACGGGCCAUUUGCGUGGUGUGCGACCGCGCCCGCGAGCACCGCGCUCACGCCGUGUUGCCGCUGGACGAGGCGGUUCAGGAGGCUAAGGAGCUCCUGGAGUCCAGGCUGAAGGUCUUGAAGAAGGAUUUGGAGGACUAUGAGGCCUUUCGUUCCACAGAAGAGAAGGAGAGCAAGGAGCUCCUGAAGCAGAUGGCAGCUGAGCAAGAGAAGGUAGGGGCGGAGUUCCAGGCUCUGCGGGCCUUCCUGGUGGAGCAGGAGGGUCGGCUCCUAGGCCGCCUGGAGGAGCUGUCCCGGGAGGUGACACAGAAGCAGAAUGAGAACCUGGCCCAGCUUGGGGAUGAGAUUGCCCAGCUCUCCAAGCUCAGCAGUCAGAUCCAGGAGACAAUGUGCAAGCCUGAUCUUGACUUUCUCCAGGAAUUCAAAAACACACUAAGCAGGUGCAGCAAUGUGCCUGCCCCCAAGCCAACCACAGUCUCUUCUGAGAUGAAGAAUAAAGUCUGGAAUGCUUCCCUCAAGACCUUUGUCUUAAAGGGGCUGCUCAAGAAGUUCAAAGAGGAUCUUCGGGGAGAGCUGGAGAAAGAGGAAAAAGUGGAGCUGACCUUAGACCCCGACACGGCCAACCCCCGCCUCAUCCUCUCUCUGGAUCUUAAGAGCGUGCGCCUUGGACAACAAGCCCAGGACCUGCCCAGCCACCCGCGCCGCUUCGACACCAACACACGAGUUCUGGCUUCCUGCGGUUUCUCCUCUGGGAGGCACCACUGGGAAGUGGAAGUGGGCUCCAAGGACGGCUGGGCCUUCGGCGUGGCCCGUGAGAGCGUGCGCCGCAAGGGUCUCACGCCCUUCACCCCGGAGGAAGGCGUCUGGGCGCUGCAGCUCAACAACGGGCAGUACUGGGCGGUGACCAGCCCUGAACGGACGCCCCUCAGCUGUGGGCACCUGUCCCGCGUGCGGGUCGCCCUGGACCUGGAGGUGGGGGCUGUGUCCUUCUACGCUGCGGAGGACAUGCGCCACAUCUAUACGUUCCGCGUCAAUUUCCAAGAGCGCGUGUUCCCUCUUUUCUCUGUCUGCUCCACCGGCACCUACUUGCGAAUCUGGCCUUGAGAGUCAUUGCCGGCCUCCCAGAGGGAGUAAACCAGUCAAGGGUGAACUCCUCCCAGUCCUGGCUGCCCAUGGGAAGGGUUGUUGCCCUCGGAUGGAACCUCCUGGACACUUUGGGUCUAUCUUUCUGACUGUUGCCCCAAGCUACCUUAGAGGGGCUUCUGCAGACCACAACAUCAAAGACAUGAGAUUGGGCUACCGGGGAAAAGGGCUCUAAGGCUAAUUGAGCAGGGGAAUAUAUGGCCUUGGACUCUCCCUCCUGUCUCUUGCCUGUUGUCCCGGUGAGGAUUUGGCCUGAACUGUAAGGAGGUGGAGGUGGAUGAGGAGAGGAGCCCAGCUCCACCAGAGGUGCUUCCUAUCACUACCCCAGUUCAGCAGGACCUCUAGUUCCGUGGAACAAAACCAAGCUCUGACUGUGCAAAGGGGCAGCUUCAUGAUCCCUUCUGCUUUGCCGUCUUGUCAGCUGCCAGCUUUGCCUUCAGAAACCUGGAUCUGGCUAGCUUGACAAAGUCGUCUACUCAGGGAGGAGCAUGGUAUUUCCAGCCCGAAGGAGAGUCUAGGCCAGAACUGGGAAGAGACUUUUGAUAUGUACAAUAGGAACAGCCCAGGACAACAGCCUUUUGGCAUUGCUGUCACUCAACAGCUUAGCCUGAUAAGAGUAUAUGUACAUCCUUGGCCACAAUGACAGACCCACAUUCUCACAUUUGCCUAAACCCUUUCCAAGUGCCAAAGUACAGUCUCCCUUGGGUAAGGAGACCAAAGAUUAUGGAAUUUUGAAACUCAAGGCAGCACUUAAAAUUUUACAGAAGCAACUAACUCCAGCAUGGAAAUGUGCAGGGCACAGGCAUAUCCCUGACAGACAGUUCCAGGAGCUUCUCAAAUGUAUGCCAACGGCAAAAGACCCUGGUUUCAAGGUCUGCUCAGUCUGUACCCUGGUCUAUGUUAGUCCCUUGGCUAAUUGUUCCCCAGAUUCUGUAUUCUGUGUUUCUGGGAGAGUGGAGGUGGGCUGUUCACUGCUUAGUAUGCUCCUGGAAAGGGGGAUGGAAAUACAGACUGUGAGCUCAUUUAUAUGGUGCCUUGGCUAAUUCUUAACUCCCCCAGUUUGAAUGCAAGAGCAGUUGUGAGCAAAGUUUCUGCCAGACUGGGUGGGCAUGUGUGUUUAUGUGUGUGAGGAACAUCUGUAUGUGUGUAUAUGUCUUAGAUCUCAGGAAUGGGGUGCAGGGCCAUGUGAAUUUUAUAGAGGGCAUUUAUAAGUAUGCAUAUAGGGUUUAGGUAUGAACAGACCUAGGUCAGUAUGGUCACACCCUAUUAUUGAUUUGUUGUUGUAAAAUAUUAAUAUUAGCCACCCCAUAUUUAGGUGAAGGUCAAAGGUUUCCUUCCCCCAUUACCUAACUACCUAGCUAGAUGAAAGCCAGUCUCAGACCUCAUUCUGUCCUGCACAUAUUGUUGGCAUGCAGGGACAGUGACAAUUAAAUAGUCUGACUUACAAGCAUCUUGAAGUUUCCAUGCUCUGUCCCUGAGAUGUUUCAAGCACACUUUGUGGACAAGGGGCUGUAAGAGAGAUGUUUUGUUCAGGCCAGCAUGACACUGUUCUGGAGAAGGAAAUGGCAACCCACUCCAGUGUUCUUGCCUGGAGAAUCCCAGGGACAGCGGAGCCUGGUGGGCUGCCAUCUAUGGGGUCAUACAGAGUCGGACAUGACUGAAGUGACUUAGCAGGAGCAGCAGCAGAGGUAGACCCAGUGAACAUAACACCUAGCAAUCAGAAUCCAGUGUCCUAUAGGCUAGGGACAGGAUCAUUUAAGAGUUCAGCCUACAGCAGCAUCCCAAAGGGUAAAUCCUAUGUUGUUUCGCUCUAGAACACUGUACCCAAUCCAUGUAUUUGAAUACACUGAUUUCUACAAGGAAAAUCCAUUUCUAACAUUCAUUUACUAA